CCUCCCUUCCUUGCCAAACUGCCUUUCACUCAUCUACCUUAUUGAAUUCCAACCUUUCCUUCAAGUUUUUCAAACUGUUGCUCACUCGCACCCUUCAUAUCUAUUUAUCUAACUUCUUCUUCUCAAUGGCACCUGGACUUGAUUUCUUCAGGAGCUCCGAGUCGAGCGAAACCCCAGUCGUCCAAAUCUCCCCCGAUGCAGAGCCCGAAGAUAAUGGUGCCUCCAUGGUACCCCAGUUGACGCCUAAACCUGAUGUUUACUACAACUCCCGCCUCGACCCGAAGAACUUCCUUCAGGGAGAACUCUCUUUUGACGCUGCCACUCGUCUUCGUCAAUUGCUUGCUAGGCCAGGUAUCGUUAUUGCCCCUGGUAUUUGUGAUGGUAUUAGUGCCCGUUGCGCACUCGAAGCUGGUUUCGAUUGUAUGUACCAAAGUGGUGCAGCAACCACCGCUUCACGUCUUGGCAUGCCCGACCUUGCCAUCGCUACAUUGAAUGACUUCGUCCAAAGUGCACAGAUGGUGUGCAGCUUAAGCCCAAGCACUCCUGUUAUCGCUGAUGCCGAUACUGGCUUCGGUGGUACUGCCAUGGUUGCUCGCACAGUCUAUCAAUACAUCCGUGCUGGUGUUGCUGGCAUGCACAUCGAGGACCAAGUACAAACUAAACGUUGUGGUCACUUGAUGGGCAAGCAGGUUGUCUCCCGAGAGGAAUUCGUUACCCGUAUCCGAGCAGCCGUCAUUGCUCGUGACUCUUUCCCCGGUCACUCGAACUUCGUCAUUAUUGGACGUACCGACUCCGCUCAAGUUCUUGGCAUGGAAGAAGCCGUCUUUCGGUUGAAGUUGGCAGCUGAUGCCGGUGCCGAUGUCUGCUUCAUUGAAGGCGUCAAAACCGCCGAGCUAUUAACCUCCACGGUCGAAGCCUUGAAGCCUAAACCCGUCCUCGUUAAUGUUAUUUCUGGCGGUCUAACACCCUCCUUCACUACCAAAGAGGCCGAGGCCCUUGGCGCUAAGAUCAUCAUUUUCUCACUCGUAUCCUGCGUCGCUGCUGUGCAUGGCAUUCGUGCUGCUAUGCAAUCCCUGAAGAAGACUGGCACUGACUUUUCAUCGGCCAGGGGCAUGGAUCCCAAGGCCUUCUUUGAUGUCAUGGGUCUCCAAGACGUCGUCAGCUUAGACGCAAAGGCGGGAGGUAGUUCGUUUGACGUCGUUUAGAGCCUCUUUGACUUUGAUAUCGCUCUCGUUAUUAUUCCACUAAUUCGUUUUUCCGACUGUUUCAAUUGUAUCUGGAUGUCAUGGGGCCAUCAGCAUCGGUAUCGUUACGCUGUUAUCAUUAGACUUUUCUUUACCUCUCUACAAGCAACAAAUGCAUGCAAUACACCUGGAUUUCUUUUGUGGAAACUCGGCGAAUGUGCGACGAUCACAGGUUCCCGGAAUGGGUCCCCGACUCCAGAAAUACUCCAUCCGGCAUCCAGUCGGCCACGGCGCUCCGUCGGCUCUUCAUGACCUCAGAGUCUAGCCGCCAUACACUUGUAAGUGACCCUUUGUUCAAGACCGUCGUGUUCGGGUUCUCAUUACAACGCGACAACCACCAUGGCAAGCUCAGGCAAGACG